AUGAUGUCCAGUAACCAGGAGAGGUAUGAUCUGAACAAGGAGAAGUAUGAUCUGAACCAGGAGAGGUAUGAUGUGAACCAGGAGAAGCAUGUUCUGAACCAGGAGAAGUAUGUUCUGAACCAGGAGAGGUAUGAUCUGAACCAGGAGAAGUAUGAUCUAAACCAGGAGAGGUAUAAUGUGAACCAGGAGAGGUAUGAUCUGAACCAGGAGAGGUAUGAUCUGAACCAGGAGAAGUAUGAUGUGAACCAGGAGAAGUAUGAUCUGAACCAGGAGAGGUAUGAUCUAAACCAGGAGAAGUAUGAUUUGAACCAGGAGAAGUAUGAUCUGAACCAGGAGAGGUAUGAUCUGAACCAGGAGAGGUAUGAUCUAAACCAGGAGAAGUAUGAUUUGAACCAGGGUGUGAACUGUGAGGUUCUGUUGGAGCACCGCUCUAGUCGGCAUUUCCGGGACUUCAUGAGACGGAGUUCAGGGGUGAACCAGGGAGCAGUGUGGGUGGAGGACGGAGGAUACGAGGCGUCUGUCUCUCAGGAAAAGCAGGACUCUGUUCGUCCAAUCAACCUAAAGACGGACAAAUCCGGUCGCCUGGUUCUGGAGACUCCUGCUGACCUCCAGAACCUCCUGCUGCUGAGGAAGACCAAGAGAGAGCAGAAAGCUGCUGUCAGGAAACCUGCUGCUGCGCCCCCUGCUGUCCAGACAGUGCCUUACUACGUGGACGAGGAGGAUUUCUUUACGGCCUGUGAUCAGAAGCAGCUGCUGCUGAUUGACAGGUACCUGUCCACAGGUGGAGACGUCAACGCCUGCGACGCGUUUGAGCGUACAGGUCUGCAACGAGCAAGUUCUCAGGGUCACACAGAGGUCGUAACUAAACUGUUGGAGGCCGGAGCAAACAUCCACAGCAGAGACAAGCUGUGGUCCACUUGUGUCCACUCCGCCUGUCGAGGAGGACGUCUGUCAGUACUCAAACUGCUGUUGAACCAUGGAGCGGACAUUACUGCAACAGACAAGCUGGACAGCACUCCCCUUCAUGUCUCUGUGAGGACCGGACACCACGACUGUGUUGAACACCUCAUUCACUGUGGAGCCAAAGUCAACACACAGGACAAGGAGGGAGACACUCCGCUCCACGACGCUGUCCGACUCAACAGAUAUAAAAUCCUCCAGCUGUUGUUACUGCACGGGGCCAACACACACACCACAAACCAGAAUGGACAUUGUCCUCUGGACGGGGUGUUGGAGUGGCAGAGUGAAACAAAGAGCCUCCUCAUCGAGCAGAUCCACAGGAAGUGA